ACUUCUCCGUUGUCUUUUUCUUUUUUUAAUUUUCAGUUUCCAGUUAUUCAUUUUGCUUUCUCUUGUUUAUAUUCUAGCAAUCUUCGGCUUUGAUGAUACCAUGUAGCAUUAUUUCGCCAUAUUAGCCUUUCAAAUAAUUUGCUUUCUUGAUUUUGAAGAAUUUAUAUAUCUUCCCUAACGAUGCGAUUUAAGGGAGACUUGGCUGAUAUUUCCAACAAGUUGAGGGAAGAUAUUGAGGCACUGUCAUUGACUUAAGAAUUUUCCUGUACCUGGGAGGACAAACUGAAGACAACAAAGUUGCAUAAAGAACAGAAGCACCAAGACCAGCAUCAGCUGCAGUUUAGACAGCAUCAAUAUCAAUAAAAAAAGAAAAAGAUGUAUUUUACGCAAGAUGUUGUCUUGAAGCACAACGAAAACACUUGGUCUAAUGGACAGGCAUAAGUCUUAUUCUUGGUUAAACCCUGAGAAGGAUUUCAUAUCUCAACUGGCAUCAAGACUGAAAUUUUUGCAAUUCAAACAAUGGAACAGGUGGAAUUUAAGGCAUACUUCAAAGUCAAAUCCCUUGUCAUUGCAAAGAUGCAUUGGACCUCAACAAUGGAAAACUUUAUGUAAACCAAGGGUUCCUGUGAAAAACACAAAGGAAACUGUUAACGAAAAAGCUGCCAGGCAUGGAUUUGAAUCUAACGUUGCUUUCCAAGAAGAGAAAAAGCAUAAUAUCCCAAUGAUUCAGAUGAGGAUUACUAUAAAGAAUGAUGAUGAACUAAAGAAUACUUUCAAUCUGAAGGCUGAAAUAGCAUCAAAAUUUGCCUUGGAAUUAGAAAAAACACUAACAAGUAUGGCUGCACUUAAAUCAGAUGAAAUGCUUUACCAAGAGAAUGUAUCAAAAUUAGGAGCCACAACCUGCAUGCAAGAACAUUUUCAGACUGAGAAGUCAUUACAUUUUAAGAAUACAUUAAAUGCAUAUCAGGAUGUAAGAAAUAGAUCCUCUUCUAAAUUAGAAGAAUCAUCUGGCAGCAUAAUCACAUCUUUUAAUAAAGGUCCUUUAAGAAAAGAAUCAACAUUUAUAAGCAACAAUAGAAUGGAUAUCAGAAAGACUGAAGAAUGCCAACCAGAGCCAUACCAUAAAAGUAUGCUUGAAAGUAAUAAUACAGAAGGUGCUGGAGCUGAAUAUGAUGGGAAAAUAUUAACUGGUGAUAAAACUUCAAUUAGUGGCAAAACUGUAGUUAGUGGUAUAGCAUUAAUUAAAGAUAAAAUUAUAGAUGAAGGGGAAAUUAUGUCUGAUGAGAAAACUGAAUUUGUAGGUAAACCAAACCCAGAAAGAUGUAAAAUAAAAGGAGGUGGAAUUCCAUGCAAAGGUAAACUAAGAACUACUUUAGGAGGCAAAACUGAACUGGGCAAUAGGUGUAAACUUGGUUGCAGUACUGAAUGUAGAGAUAAAACUGUAGUUGCAUCCACUUCUACACCUAGAAGUAAAAGAACAUCUAAUAUAAAACACAAUGAUAAAGCUUUACUUGAAAGUGUAAUUGUAUUUGGAAGUAAGAUUAAAACUAGUGUUGUCAGUUCAACCACAUCUCUUGAUAAAACUAAGCAUUGCACAAAAUCCUUAGUAGGUAGAAAAAGCACACCCAGCAGUAAAAACAUAGAGAAAGGUAAAACCACAGCAGCUGGAAUUACAACUUCAUUUGCCAGUAAGUCUGUGCUGGAAAGUAAAAGUGCAUUUGGUAAUAAAACAAGAGUUGGAAGUACUAGUGAUCCAGGAAGAAAAUCAACAGGCAGAAAUGAAAGUGUGUUUGGUGAUACACCAGAAGGAAGGGAAAAUAGAAUAAAGUUUAAAGUAAAAAAUGUAACUGGAAGUAAAGCUACUACUAAAUGCAAAUCUACAGAUAAGCAUAAAGCUUCAGCUGUAGGUUACACUCCAGCAGAAAGUUUUAAAACUGUUAUAAGAAGUACACCUAUAAGUAAAAUAUCUUUUGAACAUCGUGAUACAUCUAGAGAUAGAUAUAUAUCUAGAGAUAAAUCUCCAUAUAGCUAUAAAUCUAUAUCUAGAGGUAAAUCUACAUCUGGAGGCAAAUCUACAUCUAGAGGCAAAUCUUCAUCUGGAGGUAAAUCUGCAGCUAGAGAUGAAACUGGAUUGGGAGGCUCAUUUGUACCCGAAAGUAAAAUUGUAUCUAAAAGUAAAACUACAGCAAGUUCUAAUGAUAAAGCCAGAGCUAAAAUAACAGCAGGUAAUUCUGCAUGUAGUAGUGAAAGAACUUCUGUUGGUUAUAGCAUCCCAGCUUCUGGUAAAACUAAUCCAAAGAGAAAUUCUGUUAACCCAGCCAUUCAAACGAAACUGAGAAACACAGUAAGAAAAGAAAAUAAUUUUCAAACAAAUGAAAAAUCAACAAAAAAUUUUAGUACUGAGUUUAUCACUCUCAUCAACUCUUCAGGUCUGAAUGUCAGUGAUGUCCAUGAUAUUGUAAGAAUGGAAAAUACUUUUGACAGAAAUGAUAAACCUUUGAAUAAUACUGCAAUGGAAAAUGCUCAUCCUAUCAAUAUUUCAGAAACUUUGGAAGCCAAAGGUGUCAGCAAAAAUGUCAGGGGCGAUGAUAUUCUUCAACGAAAUGAUAAAACUUUGAAGAAUGUUAAUACUACAUAUGUCACUCUUGCCAAGUCAACAGAUGCUUUGGAAGCCACUGGUAUCAAUACCCUUCCAUUGCCAUUGAAAGUUAAUAACAAACGAGAUACUCCUACUGAUACAUCAGAAGCUCUAGAAGUUUGUAAUGUUAAUGAUGUAAUGAACAGAUUAAAACCAAAGGAUAAAUAUGACUCUAAACUUUGGCUUGUACAUAUGAAACCACUUCCUGAUGAGUAUCCAUACAGCCACAAAUAUUUACUAAUUCCACUGGUACCAUGUCCACCAGACAACAAAUCAAUAUCAGAAAAGACUGCUAACCUGAAAUCCACAAACAAUUACACAUCAAUAAAGUCAAUAAAGAGAACUCUAAAUUCUUCUGUUAAAUCAAAAGUUAGCAUCAAAAGUAAGAAGAAAGUGAAUUUUACAUCUCCAACCAGAAUAGAAAUUGCACCUCAGCUAAAACAAAGAAACAGGAGUAAAUUAAAAUAUGCAACCCAAAAAAUGACAGGGGGUAGAACUACAGAUACAGUGGAACAAAUGCAAGCAGAUGAGGGAAGGAAUUCUCAAAAACAAAUCAAUAAGAAAAAGUCUCAAAGUUCAGUUAAGGAAGACUAUGUAAAUAACUUGAAAUCUAAGCAACAGACAUCUCAAGUACUAAGAAAUUUUAAAAAGCAAACAAAUGACAUCAAAUCAGAAAACUUAGUUCGAUCAAAUAUUACAUUUAGAAUAGAAAAUGAAUGCGCAGCAGAAGUUUCUCUUGGAAUAAAAUGUAUAUCUGAAGGAGCUCCUAGUCAAAGUAAGGAGAAUUUCUUGAAAUCAGAAGAGGUACCAAAUUACAUAAGUACAACAGAGAAUGCAUUUGAUCAGAGAGAAGAAGAGCUAAACUGGAGCUUUUGGGAAAAGAAAAAAAAUGAAGACCAAAUUGAACUGCAAAAAAUAAGGAAUUUUCUUCAGUCAAACACUUUCAGAAAUUCACCAUUUAUUUCUGAAAAAGUAAAAACAUUUUUGGCUAGGAAUAAUUCAGUAUCAAGAGAAGAAAUGUAUGCACCAGAACGUAAAGAUAAAGAAAAUAUAUCACAUCAUUCAACUAGUCUAACUGAACCAGACAAACCACCUGAGAUGAUAAGCAUACUGAGGACAAGCAGCCAAUGCAGUUCAAUGUAUGCAAUUAAAGAUAAUGUUUCUGUAAAACUAAAAUCUUCAUCUAUGUCUGAAAUAGCUCCCCAAAUUAAAAACUCUCUAGAUAAAAUAAAGAACCUCUCUAAUCCAAAACAGAGAGUUCUGUGGAAAGAAAACUGUAAUUUGCGAAAUGCACUAUAUGAAAGAAAUGCUCCCCAGCCAAGGAUUUCCGGUGGAAGAAAGAAAAGCCUUCAGUUGCAUAUUAUGAGUGAGCCAAGAAUAGCAUCACAGACAAAAGGAAAAUUGGAAUUGAGAUCUAAUUUUAAAUCAAGUGAAGUUCAGAAGCCUCCUGGUAUUGAACAAGUAAAUAAAAUUAUUCCAGGUGAAAAGAAAGAAUUUAAAUUAAAGACUAUUCUUACAGGUAGGUUUUCUCAUGGUCCAUUGCAACUUCAGCCUAAAAAUCUAGCAAAACUUGAAAUUGUUUCAAACAAAAAAUGGAAUCCAAGUGGGAGCAUUGUUCCAAAUUCAACGACAAAUACUAUUCACUUCCCUUGCCAAAGAAUGACAGAUUUACAUUACUCAAUGUUUGAUGCUUGCCAUUCAGUGAUGACAAGAGGAGGAUUUCCACAAAACUUUAUGAUUGCAAGUGAUAAACUAUUUCAACUAGAUGAUAUAUUUGCUCCAAGAAAUACUCCUCGAACUCUGUUAACAUAUGAACAAAUGGUUACAAAAAGAGAACAGAAACUAGCUAUGCAAAAUAAUGUAUUAGAAUUGGUAAUGAUGUUUGAUUCACUAGACUCAAAGAAUCUAUUUAAAUCAACGAAACAAUUUCAUAAAAAUAACUUGAGGAAGACGAUAGUUUCUGCAGAUCUUAAAUCAGAAACAUUUAAAUAUGGUCCUGAGAAAAGGAGGCAAAGUAUACAAUCAUCAUUUAAUUUAACCCAUUCAUAUGAAUUGGUAGAUAAACUGGAGCCAAAAGUGUCUUUGCGACCCCCAAAUUUUGUUAGAAAUAAAGCUAUAUUACAUAGAAAAGCAUUUUCUGGCCCACAGAUUACAAAAACACAAAAAUAUCUGUCUAAAAAAAAUAAUAUCGAAGAAAUGAAUCAAAUAUUGACACCAAAAAAUAUACAGAGGAGAAAAACUGUUAGUGAACUAAAGACAAUUAAUAAUCUAAUAUUGACUUCUGAAUGGGAAAAUAAUUUUAAGGUAAAAAAUAUUUUGGAACAGUGUCAACACAGUAAGACCUGUUUAGAAGAGAAGGCUCAAAAACAAGCAAUCACAUUUAAAUCAAAUGCUUGGUUAAAACCAAAAAUGGAUACCAAUUCCAGCAAUGUGUGUAAACCCUUACGUAAAUAUGGCCUUUUGUUUGAACAACCAAUUUCAUCCACUUUGAAACCAGAGACAGAGAUGAAGCUAAACAUCACACCAACGACAGGUAAUAAAUUUCCCCACAACUUUACUGCACGGAACAAACUGCUGCCGCAUACUUUACAGAGACUGAAUAAUUUGUUUCAAUCAGCCAGUAAGCUUGGCCAGAUGAAUUCCUUUGGAGCAAAUAUUAUGUCAAAAGCAGAAAGAAAAUUUGAACCAAAUAUUAAUUUCUCAGAAAUUAAAGAAGCAACAGCAAUGUAGAAAAUAAAUGAUACUGCCUGAAGAAUCAGAGAAUAAGAGGCAUUCAUUAUCCUGAGAUGCAUCUCACAUCAGUUACAAAUUGAUAAAACUAAAUGCAACAUUUGAGCUGGUUCACUCAAGUGAUUCAACAGAAUUUAAUGAAACAUUAGCAAUAGGACAAUCCAGUGUAAUGCAGAGAUCAUUAAUUGAGUCAAUGAAAUCCAGUAUUGUGAAUGAAUCUAUGAAAUCCAGUGAAAUAAGAUCUGCAAAAUCUAAUGAGAAACAUAAAUCAGCAGAAUCAGAUGAUAAACUUCAAUCAGAGGUACCAAAGUAUUUGCAAGGAUCAUGAGAAGUAAAAGAUUUGCAUGGAUUAGUGAAAUCAAAUAAUAUGCAUGCAUCAAUGGUACCAAGUAAUAUAUAUGGAACGUCAAGCACAAACUGCAAGCAUAGAUAUUUGACAUCAAAUAAUAUGCCUGAAUUAACAGCAUCAAAUGAUAUUCAUGGACCAGAGGCAUUAAGCAAGAUGGAUUGCUGUAGCAUCAAGUGUAAGAAAUAAUUCUAAACAAUCAGUGCCAUCUCAUGGCAUAUGUGUAUUAGUAGAUUCAUAUGCCAUGCUUGUAUUAGUGAAAUUUAGUGAUAUGCAUGGAUCAAGAUCAUCCAAUGCUUUGUAAGGACCAACAGAAUCAAAUGAAAUAUGUGGAUCAAUUGCAUUAAAAUACAAGCAUAGAUCUAUGGCAUUAGAUGACAUGCAUGGAUCUGCAAUAUCGAAUGUCCAUACUUUGAUCAGCAGAAUCAAAUGACGUACUUAAAUCAGUGGAAUCAAAUGACACAUCAAUUCAAAUAACAAAUUUUGAAUAACUAAGCCAAAAGAAAAUUAUUAGAUGAAGAAGAAUCAAUACAAUUUAAGAAUUACAUCUCAGCUGAAAUAGCAUGUAUGAUUCAAGAGAGGCAACUUCAAAUAUUAAUGCUUAUAUCAGGAAAUUUUUGAAGAACAGCCAAAAUUUGCUGCUAGAUUUAAGAAUGAACUGGAAUUUGACAAUAAUUCUGAAUUGAAAUAAACACUUUAGGCUCACUGAAAUAAAACCAAAUAGAAUGAAAGUAGAAAACAAUAUCGAAGAGAAAAUUAACAUUAAUGUGGAAGACAGAUAAAUAAAACUUUCAUUCGAAUAUUAUUCUGGAGACUAAUUUAAUCAAUUGAAACUAAAGAAAGCAACUUAUUGUGUUUAAAAUAUUAAGACUACCAAAAUGUCGAGAAGUCAAAUAUGCUAAAAAAUAUUGAAUAUAAAUAAAUCACAUACUGAAACUAAAGCAACAUAUCUUACCGAAAGUAAGAAAGAUUAAAUAUUCAACUGUAAGAUAAUUGAUUAAUGACUGCAUUAAAAAAGUGAAAAUACUCAAAUAAAACAAUUUGAAUAUUGGAAAUAUUUGAAGCAAGUUUUGCUGCUUCAUUCAUCUUUGAAUUUCUCCCAUAAAUAAUUAUUAAAU